AUGAUCUUCAAGACCAUUCUUCUGGGCGGUCUAGUGCUUGCUGGACAUGCCUCUGCCAGGGUGAACAAAGUGAACGCCCUUUUCCAACGUAGUGACGACAUCGAAGAAGUACUUCGAAGGGACGCCGGCUUGAUCGCAAGUCUUACUGUUCGACAAAAUGCUAAUCCUGCCGGCACCGCUCCUCAAAUCUCGACUACGCCGGCAUCUGGAGAUGCUUCACAAGCAGACUUAGCAAAGUGGGAGGCAGAUACCAAGGCAGCAUGUGGGAACGCACUGGCACAACUCAACGGGAGGACAUCGAGCCCGACUGGUAUCGCCGUUUGCUACAAUCUACCUUUCCUCGACAACCAGACCGGUGUAUUCCAAGCAGAGCUUCGAUUGUACAACAUAUCCACGCCAAUCAACCCAUGGACUGGAGUCGGUGCUAGCGAUAUCAUGGUCACAAUGUCUUACCUCGGCGCGACGCUUCAAAACAUGAACACCACUACCCCUGCAAAGAGGGACAUGAGCUGGCCGCCAAUCAAAGAAAGAAAGGAGGAUGGUCUUCUGAUAGUCAGGCAGAGUGCUGAUGUUCCACAAGAACUUAAAGUACUCAGCUACGUCGGAAAGAUCAAUGAUAAUGUUAUGGGCAGCGCGAUGACUGAAACAAGCCUGCGUCAAUUGUUGAUUCCAUCCAUCGAACUCAUCGCCAAUAAUCCAAGGGGAGGCAACACUCUUCGCGAGACCCUCUCUUCAAGCGAAGCCUCAUUUGUCAACGGUGUGUUCGCGAACUCGGCCGCAUCGCAAACCGAAAAUGCUGCAGCCGCAGCUUCUUCACUGGCAGCCGCAGUGCAACCCUUCUACCUGCCCGGAACCAACUUGGCCUUCUUCCCCAUCGGACUCGUCAUCACUUGCGCCUGGACUGGAUUUUUCCUUCUGACUGUGGGCCUCGGCACCCUUGGCCGCAUCCAGUUCCGUGAUCAGUACCGCAGGCGUCUGAAGCGAGAGAUGGCGUACAAUGUCCGGACGAUCUAA